GAAACUGUUAUAUAAAAAGGUGAGCUGGACGAAAAACGCUAGCAGAGGCGAAUGUGUGGAUGCGGAGCGCCAAUCACUGUUCCACGAGCAGCACUUAAAUGCAACACAGCCGUCUCGCGCCCUUUCGCCACCUAAAAAACGCUGGAAGAAUGUCUCCGUUCUUGUGCGCCAUUAUCUUGCUCGGCCUUUAUUCAUCCCUGGCCUCCGCCGCCAACUUCAGUCAAGUAUACGAGUGGCCCGAUGUCAUGGACUACGAGUGGCCGUCGGAAGAAAUCAAGAUAAAGACCUUGAAAACUUUCAAACAAGAGUAUAUGUAUCCUCGUUCCAUGGUUAUUUACGGAUCAAGACUCUUUCUCAGCCUUCAGAGCUAUGGUGGUGUCAUACUACCAGUGACUCUGGUGUCUUUACCGAUGAGCGGCGCGUCUUCAGCGUCCCCGAAGCUCACUCCAGUCCCUUCGUGGGACAUGCACAAAAAUGGAAACUGCGACAAAAUUGAAGAAGCAACAGGGAUACAAGUGGACUCCGUUGGAAGGCUUUGGGUGCUGGACAACGGUAGCGACAACUGCAAAGCCAAAAUAUGGACCAUUGACUUGAUGAACGGCAAUCGCAACAAAAUCAUUCAUCGCUUUUCUUUUUCAUACGGGCUGCACGACUUGGUGCUAGACGAAACACCCAGCGGAACCUUGGCCUUCAUCUCGCGGUGGCGUCAAAAACACAUUAUCGUUUUUAGUUUGGAAAAAAACCAAAGUUGGAAUGUGUACACGCCAGGAAUACGUGGUACUUCCAUUGCCAUUACCCCUAAAAAUAAGGAGAUUCCAAGACAGAUCUAUCUUGGCAACUACCUCUCCGCUGAACUGAAAUCAAUAUCCGUCGACGCAAUUCGGAACGGAACUGGAACUGUUAAUGGGGAAACAAUAUUUGGAAACUGGACUGAAAGACCAUAUAGAAUGAGGAUUGACAACCACGGGACCAUGUAUGCCGCAUUUUGGUUUAAAAACUACAUUAGCUCGUUUAGAACUUCCAUGUGGCCAUUUUUGGUGCGGCGUAUUUAUGAGGUCGCUGGACUGGAUGAUAAUGCUGCUGAGCCGUUUGCUUUUGCCUCGGACCAAAAAGAAACUCUUUGGUUGUCGGUGUUUGAUAGGCUCAGAAAGCCAAGAUACAGGCUUUUGAAGGCUGCAGAUGAAGCAAAAUCCAUUUCAGCUUCGCGCACCAGGAGGUUAUGGUGAAACCGAGGAACGACCUGCCACCUGAUUCUAAGAAUUGCACUGCGGCCGAGUUUCCUCCAUCUGCAAAUUUCUAGUGAUCAGAGAUCUUAUGUUGACAUUAUACGGCUCAGUUCGGUGAGAGAUUACCGGUCUUGUAAUUAGGGCUUACAAAUGAAUUAAAAUGCAUUAAAUAUGGUUUUGCUUUUA